AUGGCUCCGGAUCCGUGGGCCGAGUCCGACGGCAUGUCGCAGCAGUCGGACAUGUCGCAUCAGGACGACUCCCUUGACCGGCAACUGCUUCGCCAUCUGAUGAGGCGCUAUGGCCGUGAUGGCAUAGCCCAACUGAUGGACGAGGAGGCCACUUCACCGGCCAUUGCCCACCACGACGGAGCAUCGGCCAUCACAUCCAGCACCCUCUCAUCAGUCAAGUCCGAGGACGCCGCCAGCAUCUUUGACGCUGCGAGUAUACGCACCUUCUCCUCCGACACCUCGUCCGUCACCGGCAGCAUCAUCUCCAAUGUCUCGGCUCGAACUGCCAAGCUUCUUGGCCGCAAGUCCCAAUCAUCUGCAGCGUCGACCAAGUCGUCGAUACGGGACGAUGAUGCCUCAUCGAUAACCACCUGUGGCGAUUCCACCACUGCGUCGAAUACUCCCAAACAAAAGGGCUCCUUUACCUGCGGGUUCUGUGCCGAAGAGGACAUCCAGAAGACGUGCACCCGCAAAAAUGAUCUCAAGCGUCAUAUUGAAGACUUCCAUAAUAUGAAUGCGCAGUGGUUCUGUCGUCAUCGGGGCUGCACUAUGGUCUUUGACUGGCAGACGGCCUACAAGACCCAUCUCAAACAGGCUCAUGGUGGCUCGCGCAUGGCUUUAGAUGAUGCCAAGGUCAACCUUUGCCCUCAAACCAUAUUCGCAUGUGGCUUCGAAAACUGCAACUCGGUAUUUGAAUCCCCGAGCGACGACGACGCCGACUCCACGUUCAAGGAGUUUGUUGGCCAUGUUGUGAAGCACUUUGAUGAAGGAAACAACAGUGGAGAGUGGAGUUACUCGGCUCGGAUACGCAACUUGUUGAGGCAGGCAGGGUUGGUGAAUGCGUGGGCCAACUCGUCGUGGCAUGAUGAAGAGAGAAAUCGUCUGCAGUGGCAUCCCCAGUCCAGUGGAAUCAUGAGGAAACGACUGGAGACGAGGCAUCUGGGUGACUUGCAACUUCUGGUCCAGUACGCCAUUGCCCUCGGCUCAGAACCCUCCACAAUCCAAAAGUACCGCGAGGACUUCAUCACCCCUAUCAAGGACGAAUGUCGCCAGCCGAUUCCAGGACACAAGUCCCGGGCACCGCCGCUCCCGCCCUCGGCCCCGGCUCCGGACCCCGAUCAGUAUCAGUUCCGUAUAUCUCGGGGCGCUAACCCCAACCUGGCCGCAUAUAUGGCAACACAGCGCCGGGUGUUUGUCCCUCGGCCGGGACCUGUUCGUGCCGGACGUUCUGCCCGUCCUCCGCGACACGCCGUCCCCACCAACGUUGCAACCCAAGGCACAAUGGCACCUCAAUUUCGAUACCCCAAUAUGCCCACAGCACCCAUGUUCGACCCACGGCAGCAGCAGCAGCAGUAUGCCAUGAUGUCCCAAUCCACCGGUGGCAUCAUCGCCGAGGACCUCCGAAGCCUCCGGUCCAUGGCGAGCAGCAACCCUGAGCAGGACAUUGAGAUGGGCGAUUCCGAUAUGAUGGAUGCCGGGUAUAUGCAGGAGCAGGCCUUUUCGGCUCCGUACGGCGCCGGGGGUAUCCCAAGCCCUGCUCCCGACAACUCAUGCAUAACGCCGGGAACGCCUAUGGAACAACACAUGGGCUUUUCAUAUGACUCUGCCCACGCAUACUAA